AUGACAAGAGUCCUUGCAUUGCCAAGGCACAUGAGUGUGGUUGCGGAAGAAGAAUUUAUGCUUCUGCUUCACUUGCGCAGCUUGGUGGGCCUUUCGAAAACGCUCCGCCCGGCCUUGUCUUUUCUCACGCGCAAUGAAAUUCUUCAGGAAGCCCAGGAGGUCCUUACUGAGGAAGACCUGCUGCAAUACGUGGUGUUUGCUGAUCGCCUGGCGAGAACACUGGACGGGGAGAGCCUCGUCGCAUUCCCUCCACCGCACUAUGGUGCGACACAGCCGAUCUCGGCAGCAGAGGCCUUGGCGGUGCAGUUUCUUCAGGAAGGCUCAGGAUCGCUGUGGACGGCCAUCCGUGAGGUCGCCCGGAGCCUGGACUUUGAGGAGGAUGCCAGAUUGCUCAACAUGGCCAUCCUCAAGAUUCUGAAUACGCACACGUGGACCACCCUCAGCAUCCACCUCGACGACAUGACCAUGCCGCACUGUGAUAGGGCCAACGCUCCGGGCAACAGCCUAUUGCUGGGUCUUACUCAUCACAGCGGUGGUGGACUCUGGAUUGGGGAUGGCCAGGGAAAGCAUGCUAUGCAGAUCGAUGGGGCGAUGUGCAAAGGUACUAUCUAUAACACCCAGGCCCAGGCGAUACUGUUCAACGCCCGCGAAUGCAUGCAUGGCACCAUUCCAUGGAGCGACAAUCGCUGCAUCAUUGUGGCGUACACCAUCGGGCAGCACCGCCUCAUGAGCCCGGAGCACCGAGAGUUUCUUUCGGAGACAGGCUUUGUUGUGCCUCCACCUAGCCAUGUGCAAGAGGCGGCGCAAGACGAAGCUGCUGAUGGUUCAGGCAUACAGCAGCUCUCGGCCCAGAAUGGGCAACAGUCAUGGCCAGUCGACGUCGCCCGCUUGAACCAGAAGCGCCGCCAGCUGCGGAGGGAGCUCCCGCUGGCUCGAGGCGAUGGCGGCGAGACAGGAGCAGGACCCAGAUUACGCCAUGUGCAGCUGGCUGCGGACGUUACGCAGGAGUUGGUCAUGUGCGCUGUUGUACCUUGUGUGUUCGAAGCCAGGGACGAGACCAUAUAUACAGAACAGUGCCAGGCCCGACAGCAGUUUGCGCACGUGGUUGGUGGCCCACGCUCCACAGGCGAGGAUCCCACAGAGCCAUCCAUGGGACCGGGUGCGGCUGUAGAUGCGGAUGCAGGAACGGCGAGUCGGGCUUUUCGCUUUGCUUUUGGAGAACGCCCGGACCGUUCUUUGGAAGGGCUUCAGUCAACGAGGGCAGAAGAUGUGGAGAUGAUAGAUGUGGAGAUGAUGGAUGCUACGACUGGGAUAGGCAGUGCAGCAACCUCCUCUGCAGCAACCUCCUCCACGAGCCCCUUUACGACGGAGCAGCACCGCAUGCUCCUGGCGAGUACAAUCCUGGCGAAUCAUCUCAUAGAGCCGAUUGAAGUUCUAGAUUCGGAGGAAGAGGCAGCGGAAGACAUGCUCAAUCAGAUGGAUUAG